CAUAUAAAUAUACCACAAACUUAUUUAUACAGCUUACUUGGGCUUCCCUUUGCUAUAUGACCUUUCCCACAGCUGGCACACGACCUUUGCUAAAAGGCAGGCUGCAGUACCUCAGUGUUGUCAGGGCAGUGUUUGUGUGGAGAGCGCUGCAUACGGAUUGCUCUGCCCUCGGCCAUUGUGCCCCUUGUGCCCCGACCAUGGCCUGAUGGCCUCGGGGCUGGGUGGAUCCUCUUGAUACAGGGAGGCUCUGGUGCCCUCUGGACCACAGGACCCCCGCUUCCCAGCCCAGGCACUGCUAGAAUUCUACCAAAUCCUUACCUCCUGGAUCUCCUUUCUCUGGACCCCAUGUGUACAUCUGUCCCUCCCUUACAGAAGCCAGACAGUUGUCUCUACUAUGCUGUCACUGGGCUAAGUAGACACAGCUGACCUUGCUCUGCGUCUUAGCAGAACCACACAUUUGUCACCAGCGUUAGAUGGCAAUGCCGUGGUCUCCUGAGAGUGUGUGACACUCAAGGAGACACUGGGAGACUGUCUCAGGGAAGCCCCCGGCUGUGCUCUGGGGUGGCUUUUUAGCUGUCAGGCACAAAGGGCACCUCUCCCAUGGCGCCUUGCAGGUGGCUUUUAACUAACAAGGGUCAGAAUCUCCUGCUUAAGUGUAAUGAUGUGUUCCACCCACGGUUACUCUUGCUGGCUGCCGCUGUUUCCCCAGAGGGACAGAGAGCUCCUGAAGGCCAGCUUCCUCCUGGUCUACCACGACCGUGUGCUCCCGCUGCUGCACUCCACGCUGCUGCCCCCCUUCCGGUGGGCCGAAGAGGAGACAGAGGCUGCGCGGUGGAAAAUCAUCGCUGACUUCCUCAAGCAAACCCAGGAGAACCAGGGUGCCCUGCAGGCCCUGCUGUCCAAGGACGGAGUCCAUGAGCCUUUCGACCUCUCGGAGCAGGCCUACGACUUCCUGGGUGCGGGCAGGAGGAGUGAUCCACGGGGAGGCUUCUCACCAAGUGGCAGAACCCAGAGUGACCCAUUCUGACUGGGACCUGCUCUUUUUCUGUACAGAUGGUAUUUUUAAAGAUAUAUUUAUCUAAUAAUAUGAAUGCUUUUAAAAAAUAAAAUCAAUUUUAUAAGGAA